GGCAACACCUGGCUCUCGUCCUUCUCCAACUUGUGCUGUUCGCACCGUUUCUACCGCUGCGCAACACGGCUGAUGGUGUCGGUAGAAAGGAAAACAGCGCCUCCCGUCUAGAGCAAGUUGUUUUGCUUUCGCUAUUACUGCUCUCCACCGGUGCAUAGAACGAUAACACGAUAAUAAAUCGGCUUCAUAGCUUAUCUAACGGAAAGCGCAGCAGCCAUGCACUUCUUCAAGUUAUCCGUGCCGCUGGCAUGUCUCAUCUAUCACUUCAUCUUAGUCACCAUCACACAGGUGAACUAUGUCCUUUUUAUUCGAUUCCAAAACACGGCACUGGAGCUCCGCCAGGCUUAUCUCGCCUUCAGCGUUAUCGGCAUUGUCGCGUACGGCGCGUGCGCGGGGCCGCUUUUCGUGUACGCCUACAAGUACGGUAGCACCUGGUCGCUGCGACUGGGCCGCCUGCUGUGCGGGAUUGCGGUGAUGUUCGUCUUCUCCUCACUGCCCAUGCUCAUCAUCGAGUUGGUUCAGCUGCUCUACUUUGAUGGCCACUUCAAACACGCGUUAGAUGGCAUGUGCUUUGUUUUACAUCUCCUCGCGGCCGGCGCCGGCGGAUGUACUUCGUGGUUUGCCUACCUGCGUGCGGCGGCGCGAUGCCUGCAGAACUGGCGAGGCCCGGAGCGGCAGAUUGUCGACGAAGCGGAGAACAUCCCAACGAAGGAGUUUCAGCUCAAGCUUGUCAAGCGCUCGCAACUCCAGCCGCAGACCAUUUAG